AUGGCUCGACCUCUCGAAGUAGUCCCAGAAAUGCCAGACAGCAAGUCAUCAGCAGAUUCUCCUAUUCAAACUCAUAGACGGAUCUCAAGCUCUUCUAUGACAAAACAAAAGCCAAGCAAAAAAACUGAUCAAGUUGGAAAACAAAUUUGGUUUAUGGCUCAAGCACACAGAGAUUUAGAAAGAAAAUCGCUUAUGCUUCAAAGCAGAAUUAAAGAGCUUCAUAUAGGAAAUUAUAUUGAUAAGAGAUGAAAAGAAAUGAAUAUAGAUGUCCCUGAAGAACCAAAAGAAAAGCCUAACUCCCCCCCCUCCGUGAGUGAACAAAACCAUUAGAAAAAUCGCUAAUUUUUGCCCAAAACCCACUCUCCGUGAGUGAACAAAAAUUUUUUAUGGAAAAAAAAUUUUUUGAUAUAUAAAUGAUAAUUAGUAUAAUGAAAUCUAGAGUAAUUCUAUUUAACUUUAAACGAAUUGCUUUUUAAAACAUAAAUUUUAUAAAUUAAAUUAAUAUUUGCUUUCAAUUUUUGCGAAUUAGGAUUUUUUUAAAUUUCGAAAAAAAAUAUUUUUUAGAAAAUUUAUAUAUAAAUUUUUUAAAAAAAAAAAAAUUAACCCCCCUCCGUGCUUGAACACAAAAUUUUUUUUGUUCACUCACGGAGGGGGGAGUAAGCAUAAAGUUAAUAAAUCUCAGGGAGACCCAAAAUCUAGCUAUGCAAAAGCGGUAUCUAGUUAUGCAACGAAUAAAAAUAGUAGUAAAAAACUCAAUAAAAGCGAAAUCAAAAAGGGCAAGGAAAAUGACAUAAAAGUCAUGCAAGAUAGAGCUUUGAAGAAUGCUGCAAACAGUUUUUUUAAAGAAAAAAACUCAAAUAUUAUUGAAAAUUCACAAGGGAACAGUGAUUUUUAUAAAGAAAAUUCUGAAAAUGUGAAAAGUAAGAAAGAAAUGCUGCUAGAAAAAUAUGAAGGCCUAAACUAUAAAGCCAGUGAGAAAUCGGUUAAAAAGAGAAGCAAAUCAGUCUCUUCGGUUCCUUUUUAA